AUACAUACAUGACGUCAUGACAAAUGAAUGCAUUACAAACAUAAGUAUCUAUUGCAUAAUGCUCGGGUGGCAUAUCAACAUAUGAAAUACAAACAUAUGAAAUACAGAACAAUAAAAACCGGCAGCUCCAGUCCCAAAUAACAACAAUGGGACAACAAGUGGUCGACUUCACGCAGCGCUGCGCAGACUGAUCAGCGAAUGACAACAAGUACCGCGAGAGUGAUUAGAAAGCACCGCUUGCUCUUUCCGGCGUGAUGUCCUCAAGUCUGUCCCAAAAUGCACUCCCAUGUACCCUUGUGGACUCGUGCCUAGUGCCCUACAGAUCUGCACUUCCUGACAUCAUCAAGUGUGGACUCGGAGGAGGUCCACAAGACCGAAGUGCGCCAUUUGGGCCAGGGCCGUAUUUGGACGCAGCCUAAUAUAACCAGACUGCGUCCUCCCGAGUUUGAAGUUGCCAAGUCCGAUCUAGUAAGGACACAAGUCCGUUCUUUGCCUUCUUGGAAUUGAGAAACGGCCCCCAUCUCCCUCUGACCUCACCUCCUCCUUGGUCUCCACACUCCAGCUCAAUAGGUGGCGGAAAUGCAGCGAAAGCUGGUUUGCCAGCCGCCAUUAAAAAACAAGAAGUAAACUCACUCGUUUGCUAGUCGAAGACGUGUUGUCUUUUCCGCAGUUACAUAUAAACUGUGGAGAUUCAAGGAAAAGAAAACUUAAAACGAACCGUUGUUGUAUUAGACGUUAAGUCUUCAUAGCUAUGGAAAAGCAUAAUCUUAAAGAGGUAAACACUGAAAAUACUGUUCCGUCCUCGAAACCCCAGAAUGUAAAACUCAACAUAGAAUCUCCAGCAGACCGCAGCGGAUACAUGGAGGCAGGAACUCUGUCGUCGUGGGACCAUAAUUCUGCAUUCUACUCUGAAACCGUUUCAAAAGAGGAUGCUAUAGAGUUAAAAAAAAACAGAAAACCCGACGAGAAAACUUUUAAUCAGAGAUGCCGACUGUUUGUCGGUAAUCUACCAACGGAUAUAACAGAGGAAGAUUUCAAGAAACUGUUUUUAAAAUAUAGCGAGGCCAACGAGGUGUUCAUCAACCGAGACAGAGGAUUCGGCUUUAUACUCCUGGAGACAAGAACACUUGCCGAGAUUGCUAAGGCUGAAUUGGAUGGCACAGUAAUAAGGAAUAGGACCAUUUAUAUCCGUUUUGCCACACAUGGAGCAGCCCUCACGGUGCGAAACCUUUCUCCAGUGGUGUCCAAUGAGUUGUUGGAACAGGCCUUCUCCCAGUUUGGUCCAGUUGAGCGCACAGUUGUGGUUGUUGAUGACCAUGGCCGACCCACAGGCAAGGGUAUUGUGGAAUUUGCCAACAAAUCUGAUGCCCGGAAAGCUUUGGAUCACUGUGCAGAUGGAGCUCUUCUGCUUACAGCGUCUCCUUGUCCAGUCAUUCUUGAGCCAAAAGAACAGUUUGAAGAUGAAGAUGGUCUCCCAGAAAAGCUGUUGCAAAAAUCUGCACAAUAUUACAAGGAAAGGGAGCACCCACCACAUUUUGCAGAGCCAGGCACUUUUGAGUUUGAGUACUCAUCACGCUGGAAAGCUCUGGAUAAUAUUGAAAAACAACAGAAGGAGCAAGUGGACCGGAACAUAAUAGAGGCUAAAGAGAAAUUGGAGGCUGAAAUGGAGGCUGCCAAACAUGAGCAUCAGCUCAUGAUGAUGAGACAAGAGGGAGUCACCAGCAGUGAACUGAAUUUACAACUCUAAACAAGGACCGCGCAUCCCCUAAGUGUACGCAUGACUGAUGCUGCAAAAAGUAAGUUACUGGGAGAGGUCACGUGACCCGCUGAUGGUAAUGGCGGUGUAAUUCGAUCGCUCCCCAACUCGACAUCUGUAAUUUAACUAUUUCUCAGUAGAACUCUCAAUAUUUGUCUGCAUUUAUCUGAGUUAUUGACAGCGGAGCAAAUAAGGAUGGCAAAAUGUCAACUGACGAUAAAUUCCCCAGAGAAAAAACGAGUGAAGGAUCCUGACCAUGCGCCUGUGGGGGAACUUCGCGCCUUUGUCACUGAGGAGUUGAAGACGCACUUUAGCCGUGUCAGGGAACUGUUUAAGGAAGAGUUCGCUCCGAUAGCUGAGAGACUCGGAGCGCUGGAAGAGGACAACAUGCAGACAGCUCUUCGUCAUGCAAAGAAAGUCACGGUAGAGGUUAAGAUGGCGGUCGACUCUCUUCGGGAAAAGCUGUCAAGAAUGGAAGACAAAAGCCGCCAGUCCAAUGUCUGUUUGGUAGGGUAGGAGAUGACCCUCUGCGAUUUAUUCAGAAUCAUCUUCCUAAAUGGAUUCCAUCUCUUGCUGGUAAGGAACUGGAGAUCGAAAGAGCUCACUGUAUAUAAAACGGAGAACGCUCAAAAUCAAGCUCUCGCAUAUUCAUCUUCAAGAUGCUACACUAUCGAGAUCGGAAUGCGAUCCUGAAUGGAGCUCGAGGGGCUGGGCAAAUUCUUCACCUCGGAGCGCCGUUGCUUUUCUUCCCAGACUACAGCAGAUGACUUCGGCGAGGAAGAAAUGACCCAGCAGGGUAUAUCAUCUUUUCUGCUUUAUCCCGCAUUAGUAAAAGUCAGUCACAGAGGAAAGACCUCCCUUCUCCAGACACCUGCGGAGGUUGAAAAAUGGCUCUCAAUAUGGAUCCCACCUCUGCAUUCUCCAAUGCAAACUGCAUUGUUUACGCUUUUAAAAUCAGAAAUGAAGGAGGACGAAUACGCAGCGCCUACGGAGGUCUCUGCUGAGAAAAUCUGAAUGUCACCUAAUCAGUAGAAGGAUCGGAUCGGAUGGCCAUGUUGGCCGUGCACUCAAAAAUUAUGACUUUGAGGGUAGGUAGAAGAGUGUGUUUGAACUCUUUGAUUGCUGCUGAUUUUGUUCGGAUUUGUGUUUCUGUUCUUGUUAUCUUGUUCUUUGCCCUUUGGUAGUUCUCCUUAACUACAUAUGGAUAUAAACAUUAUAUCAUGGAACUUUAAUGGGCUAAAUAGCCCUAUCAAACGGACCAAAUGCUUAGAUUACCUAAUAGGUAAGAAGAUCUCUAUCGCCCUGAUACAAAGGCAUAAUUUCAUAACAUUUUAAAGUAAUCUCCUCUUCAGGUGCCAAUAAAACGAAAGGAGUGUUGAUAGUUUCCAAGUGCAGUAUUCUCUUUCCAAUCAUAAGAUCGGGAGGAGACUCAGAAGGCCGAAUCACUUAUGCUGUAGGUUCCCUAAAUAAUAUUAAAUAUGCUUUUAUAUCUAUAUAUGCACCCACCAAGGGUGAUUCCCUAUUUUUUCUGUUACUCUAAUGCUAAAGAAGUAAAUGUAAUUACACCGCAAAAUCAGAAAUUCAGACCUAACCUACCUCAAUCCCGGUAAAUGACCAGUUGAAUUAUCUGGGAAUUCAAAUUGUUCCAUCUUUAUCCCGCGUUGUUAAAUGGAACUAUCAAUCCCGGCUUGAUAAGUUUAAGAAUGAUCUUAAUUUUCAUUUUUGCCUUAAAGGAUAUGUACAACAAUUAUGACCUUAAGUCCUUUCAGAUCCUAAAAGAUGAGUUCUCUCUUCCAGGGUUCUCCUUUUUCCUGUAUUUAAGAUUAAGAUCUGCAUUGAAAGCCUGUGGAGUACCUUGGUCGUUUAAACUCUCUCCUCAUCCUAUGGUAAAAUGGAUAGACUCUAGUAUGGCUUCUAGGGGAAUUGUGGGUAUAAUUUAUGAGUCACUUGUGGUACGACAGUACUCAAAUAUUCCGAUUGAGGGCUUCUGGGAAAGAGAACUUGAUACGGUGAUCGAUUGGGACACUGUUUGGGAGAAUUGUUUUGCUUCUUCUAAAAACAAGGCUCAUCAAAUGAUUCAUUAUAAGCAACUUAACAAGGCAUAUUCUACUCCCUGUCUGCUGUACAAAAUGAAAAGAAAACAUGAUCAUUUUUGCAACUUGUGAUAUAGUUCUACCCAAUGUAAUUACAUGCAAAUGUCCUGGUAUUGUCCUCAGAUUGAGAUGUUUUGGUCUUUGGUACAGAAAGUAUUGUCUGACUUGGUAAGAACUGAGAUCCAGAAGGACCCACUGCUCUUUCUCUUGCUGGAUGAUUCUUCAAUGUCAUUAUCUGUCAAUCAAAAAAGGAUUCUGUCUGCGGCUCUCACUAUGGCUAAAAGGUUAUUUUGAAAUUAUGGCUGGAGCCAUCUACCCCAGUGAUGUGUACAUGGACAUCUUAACUACUGAACAUUGCUCUGCUGGAGUGCACCACGGCCAAAAUACAUGGUGCUACCAUAAAGACAAUACAAUCUUGGAUGGACUUCGCUGAAACUCUCACGGACAUGCCGAAUCCAUUAUGUACCAGAUACUCUAGCUUGGUUUACUUGUAUACCUACCUGUCUUUCUGUUGUGUCUAAUUACACAGACGGUCUCUUUAUUUUUCCUUGUGUGACUGUUAAUCUUACAGUUAUGGGUGGAUCUUGGGCUUGUUGUAAACUGUUUUACACAUAACAUAUAAUAUGUCUAAUAAAAAAUAAAUCACAAAAAAAAACUAAGUUACCAAUGUUCAAUUUUAGAAGAUUAAUUAUUGUAACUGAAAAACAUGUUUAAGUUGCAACUGUUGCAAUCGGAUGUAACGGUCAUUCUGUUUAACCCGACUGAAAUGCUUAAAUGCAGACACGUCCGUGUACGUUUUUGGUCAUAAAACAGAACAGUAAUUAUCAUAUUGGGAAGUGAUGCCCUCUGGGAGAAUUUUCACCAAGUGGCCAGUUGCGUUUUAUCCCACAGACUAGGUUUACAUUUUUUUAUGAAAAUAUAUAUUUUUUCUUAAAUAAGAUGUAAUCCCUAAAAACAUCUUGAGGAUGAGUAAAUGAUGAGGGAAAUUUACACAAGGUGGAAAAGAUAAACCAAAGGAGUGUGCAGAACGUAAUGGUCACAAAAAUCUGGCUGGUAUGACUCUGGCACAACCAAGUACAAUUGCUUCUCUCCUCAUUGUUCCUGUCAGGGUCAAUGGAAUGGAAGUGGAGGCAGUUUUAGACACGGGAAGUAUGUACACAUUGAUGCAAGAUAAUCUGUGGAAACAAAUGAAGAUGGAGAGUCCUCUACGAGAUACUCAUACUCCUCAGAGGUUUAUAAUGGCAUAUGGAACGAUGCACCAAUCCAGAAACUUACAAAAGUUACGAUAUCAGUGGAUGAAUCAAAAGUGUAUGGUAGAUACCUACGUAUAUACUGGAAAACACUCAUCUCGCAUUUCCCCUUAUUGCUGGAUUGGACUUUAUGAAAGCCAUGGGAGUAGUGUUAGAAGUAGGACAAGGUAGAUAUGGGUUGAGAGACGGAAAGAGUUACAAAUAUUAUCCGUUCCUGACAUCACAGGUACCAGUGAGCAUUAAUACCUCUACUCAAACUUGAUGGAUCAUACCGAUUCUGUGUGGAUUACAGAAAGUUAUACAGUAAGACCAUACCCAAUGCUUGCCCUAUGCCAUUGAUUCAUGACAUCUUAGAGUCACUGGAAGGAGCGUCUUGGUUCAGUGCAUUGGAUCUACAGUAAGGAUACUGUCAAGUGGAGAUGGAUGAGGAGAGUAAACAGAAAACCGCUUUUAUCACCACUAAAGGGUUGUUCCAAUUCAAAGUGAUGCCCUAUGGUCUCAAAACUCUGCAGACACUUUCCAAAGAUUGAUGGAGAGAGUCUUGAUGGAUUUGAGAGGGAAGAUCUGCUUCGUCUAGUUUGAUGAUAUCAUCAUCUAUUCAAAGACGCUAGAGGAGCACAUUCUACAUCUUAAUACAAUCCUCAACAAACUGGAACAAGCCAACCUGACCUUGAACAUGAAGAAAUAUCACUUUUUUAAACAACAGCUCAAGUUCCUUGGACAUGUAGUGUCUGAGAAAGGAGUGGAGAUAGACAGGGAUAAGACCAAAGCUGUGGAAGAAUUCGCCGCUCCAAGUGACCUCAAAUCUUUGCAAAGAUUUUUAGGAUUGGCAGGAUGGUAUCAUAAGUUCAUACCACACUUCGCAGAUCUAUUGAACCAUCUUAAAAAGAAAGGAAUUAUAUGGGAGUGGACUCAGGAAUGUCAAGACAGCAUGAAUGCUCUGAUACAAGUGCUACAGAAUCCACCUGUACUUAUCCAACCUGACAUGAACAAUCUCUUUCAAGUUCAUACAGAUGCGAGUAAUGUAGGAUUGGGGGAAAUCCUUACACAACUCUAUCCAGAAGGGGAAAAGGUGGUGUCUUAUGCCUCGAGGAUGUUAAGAGGGUCAGAAAGAAAUUAUAGCACAUCUGAAAAAGAGUGUCUAUCAGUGGUGUGGGCUGUUGAAAAAUGGAGGCAUUACCUAGAAGGGAGUCAGUUUGAUGUAUUUACGGAUUAUGCUGCACUUGCUUGGGCCUUUAAUUGUCCCAAAACUUCUUCACGCCUCACCCGCUGGACUCUUCGACUGCAACCAUUUAACUUUUAAGUACAUCACAGGAAAGGAUGCCUUAAUGUGGGUCCCGACACCUUAUCCAGAGUAUGUGAUCCAUCUUCUACUGAACUUGUCCCAUGCCUCUAUAUAACUUCUCCUCACGCAUCUACCCUACCACAUACCUUGGAAGAGAUUGCUAAAGUGCAAGGUUUGGAUAACACCAUCAAUAACUUGAAGGCGGACAUCCAACCUCGGGCCGCCAAAGAUCAUCCGAUCACCUUUGAAGUGCACCAAAGAAUAUGGUACCGCAAAGUACCAUUGGGACAUAAGGGAACAGUAUCAACUGUUGGUACCACAUAUACUAAGAUCAGACUUCAUGCACUACUUCCAUGAUAAUCCGCUAGGACGACAUCUUGGACAGUUAAAAACACUAUUGAAAAUUCUGGAAGUUGCUUGGUGGCCAUCGGUUAGGAAAAUUGUUUGUCAUUAUAUCAAGAGCUGUGAAGUAUGCCAGAAAUACAAACCUAGUAAUUCAAAACCAUCUGGACUCUUACAACGUUCACAAAUCACGGAGCCGGGACACACUCUAGGGAUUGAUCUGAGGGGUCCAUUCCCUACCAGCAAGAACAGAAUACUUUUCUCCUGGUAAAUGUUGAUUACUACACCAAAUCGGUAGAGAUGUUUCCAUUGAGGGAUGCCAAGAUGCCGAAAAUAGUGAAGAUUCUCCAUGAAGAGAUAUUUACUCGUUGGGGAGUCCUUAAGUUCUUGGUGUCAGACCGGGGUCCCCAAUUUACAUCUAGUCUGCUGAGUGAUCUUUGCAAGACAUGGGGCUGUGUCCACAGGCUUACAACAAGUUAUCACCCUCAAGCAAAUCGAACUGUAAAGACCAUGAUUGCCGCAUAUGUUGGAAAACAACAUCAGACAUGAGAUCAGUGGCUUCCUGAAUUCCGUUAUGCAUUAACACUGCCCAACAGGAAAGCAAUGGGAAUACACCUGCAGAGCUUAUGCUUGGGAGGAUAGUAAUGGGACCUCUGGAACGUCUAAUUUAAUGACCACCUUCUCCUGAACAAUCCGCUUAUUCAUUGGUGGAAUGACAGAACAUCAUAGCGGAUGAGGUCAAACAUAGAAUGAGGGUGAGUCAAGCCAAACAAGCUAAGUAUUAUAAUUGCUGGAGAAAAAAUGUGCAGUUUCUUCCGGGUGACUUAGUUUGGUUAAAAACCCAUCCUCUUUCCUAUGCUUAUAACAAAUUCUCUGCAAAGCUAGCACCCAAAUGGGAGGGUCCAGCUGUGAUAAAAAGUAAAACAGGGCCAGUAAAUUACACUGUGACUUGGGGCAACCCAACAAAAACUGAUGUGAUGAAUGUGGUUAAUCUGAGGCGCCAGGACUGGACGCCGGCUGGACUGGAGGCAGCGACCCCAUCCUCUGCUUCUUUUUCUUGGACUGGCCCACUAGACGCGUGGCCGGCUGCAGAGAAAUGAUGGGGGGCCCGGCUAGCUCUGUGCUCCCACGACUCCCUUCUCCCACGCCUUCCCCGGAGGCUGGUAGGAGGACCAGGACCAGCAGAGCUUGAGGCUGGUGGGGUUGAGUCCCUCAGGGUCACGGUGGCCAGGGAACAACCCUCCGGGAUUGUAGCCAAUGAAGGCAGAGACUUGGCUUUAGGUGAGGUCCUGGACUCGUCUUGGUUGACCAGGAACCUCACCAUAUCGCCGAAGCCCAGGGGCUUCUGCAACCGGGUCUCACUGGCGGUGAGGGGUUCAAUGAGGAUGCUGUUAAAUACGAGUUUAAGCUCUCUCUCAUUGAACUCCGUCCCCACCGCCUCUGUCAGGAAGUCCCGAGCAUACACCCGCACAUCCGGGUCCCUCUGAUGGAUGCCGAACAGGAGGUGGGCUUGCCGAGAUCGCAGUGGGGACUGUUCGCCGUCCAUGGCUGCCUGCUGGGUUCGGUUAUGGCUUGUUUGUUCUGUCACGGUUUUCAGGGAAAGAACCUAAGUGCAGGCAGCGGUGGUGCAGAAACAAGACUUUAUUAUUCAGACAAAACAAAAACCCACGAUGGGGUAACAAGGACAGGACUAAAUGACAAAACAGAACAAAAACACUACCCACAUGGGGGCAAAAAACAGGAGAACAAGAUACUAAAUAAACUGAACACGACUGGGACUAGACUAAAGAAAUACAGCAACAAGACAGGGUACAAUUCCAACAAGGCUCGGAGUAAUCCACAUGAGGCUCUGUCAUGAUCCUGCCACUAGACCAAGAAAGACAUUACAUGAUGAGGCAGAAUCAUGACAACAACUGGUCAACAAAAAAAAGUCUUAAAAUUAAUUAUGCUCCGUAAAUCCAAAAAAUAAAUUAUAAUAAAAAUAUACAUAAACUCUUUGGUAGUGCAAAUUAAAAUGAUAAAACUGUCACACAACUUCUAGACAUACUAUACUGUACUACUUAUUUUUCGUAUUUUCUUACAAAAGUAAACAGUUUAAUAAGAAGAGCUCUCAAUGUUUUGACUGAUUUCCAGUAUGAUAGCGGUAAUGUUAUUUCGUGCAUACUUUAGAUUGCAUUUUAGGAUACAGAAUAUUUAAUUACACGUAGUUAUUGUUUGACAGCGGAGGGCAAGGAUAGUUUCACUUUCGCUUUGAAACUUUAUAGUUUUGUGUUAGCGUCCCUAGAUUCCACCCAUUUAAAAAAGUCUCUCUGCCUUUGCUUCACAUUGCCGUGACAUAUGUUUUUCUAAUGUGUGAGGUGCUUCAUUAGAUUAUAAUUACUUGCUACCGACGUGAAAAUUAUGUUUUUUGCUAGUAAGAAUUGCAUUUCUGAUAUCUGAAAUAAGAUUUUUAACAUGUAAGAAAUUAAUUAUUGAUAUCUGAAAUGGAAUUGAAGCCUAUUGUGUUAUUGAACUAGUAAAAAUGCAAUUACAGAUAUCAAGAAUUAUAUUUUUUACUAGUUGAGAUUAAUUUUUUGAUAUCAAGAAUACAUAUUUCUGCGAGUGAUGACGUGAUUGUUGAUAUCUAGAAUUCACAUUUUACUAGUAAAAAUGUAAUUACUGAUAUCAAAAUAGCAAUUGUUAGUAGUAGAAAUUCCAUUCUUGAUAUCAAGAAUUAUAAUUUUUACUAGUAAAAAUUGAAUUGUUGAUAUCAAAAAUUCAUAUCCUGAGAAUGAUUAAAAGCUUAUUCGGCUUGCCAUAGAAAACGGCUUCAGUGAGCUCAAUUACAGUAACGCUGCAUUUUAUUGUCAGUAACGGCACUGUAACGGGAAACAGUAAUUUGUUUCCGUUAGUAACAGCGUUUAUUCAUAACGCCGUUAUUCCCAUCAUUGUUCGUAACGUAGUGAUGCAACUAGUCACAAGACAAACUAGAGCCGAUGUCAUUUCACUGUCAAAGGUGACAUUACAGCAGAAAUGAAUGAAUUCAGUCACUGACAGUGCGGGUCCGAAAGAGGACUCUAUUAUUUUUUGGUCCACUUAAGCAGUAAUGGGGAUUCAGACCUCUUUUAAAGAGUACAUUCCUCGAGAUCAUAAAAAAUACAUUUCAUGAAGUGUUUAAUUUUGCCGUGUUUGAAUGUAAGCAAUCUGCCAAAUUGUAAAUCCGAAGGUGAACGAAUAACAAAGUUAUUAUCUUAUAAAAAAGGUAAUCGACUCUGAAUCACGCGAACAAGUCAUGACCUGUCCGAAUCUUUAACCACAAUGUAUCUACGUCACUAGAAAUAAUCCCCGCCUAGGACUGACUGCGAAAACUUAACUCUCUCCUCCCCGAACACUGUACUAGCUCUUUCGUGACGUGUGCAUCAUGUCUAAGAGAAGCUGUGUUCUAUGUAGUGAAACUAAGUCAGUCUUAUUUUCACUACCAAAGGAAGAACUUCUGAGGAAAAAAUGGUUACUAUUUAUUUUUCAAACGACACCAAAGGAGUAUAAACCGAACGUUUUACUUUGCGCGCGUCAUUUUACCGAAGAUUGCUUCAUCAAUCUUGGCGCCUUUACUGCAGGAUACAUUAAACGUCUUUCCUUAAAAGAUGUUGCAAUACCAACUUUAUUUGGACCUGUAAGCUCCACCGAAUCACAAUCUGUAAGUGUGACUCUUUAUUUUUGUCUUUACUUAAAAUUAAAUUUGUGUGACGUUAUCUCAUGUCUGUGUUUAGCUAACGUUACCGUUAUUUUUGGGGUUGUUACUGUUUGUUUACCUAACGUUAGCUAUAAACUCGUUGCACUAAUGUAAGUGUUCAACCAUAUUAACUCACAAAGUCUUUAUUUCAAGAACUGCGUGGUGUACUAUAGUUAUAAUAACAUCUGAAGAUACGAACACCGUACACUGUAUGCCGUGAUAACUAACUGUUACAAGAGAAGUGUCUAAAACAGUCCUUUUUCUUACUGGCAUCUGUAUAAGGAUUAAAGAAUGAUUCGUCAGACUCGGGCUCGAACUGGUAAGGUAAAAUCGACGCCAUCUCUCUCUAUACACUGUUAAUAUCCAACCACCUGCAAACCGUAAUACAGUAGUAAUGAUAGGCGGUCCAUUUGCGACACAUGCUGAACGCGUUUGACCAAUCACAGCAGACUAGACCAUUUGACCAAUCACAGCAGACUAGACCAUCUGACCAAUCACAGCAGACUACACUAUCUGACCAAUCAGAUCAGACUACGCUGGCAGAAAGGCGGAGAUUACACAGAUGAAUCGAGGAACGAAUCAUUUGAGAGUCAGUCAAAAAGUAAGGUAAUAAAAACUGCUUAUUAUUACGAAAUAAUAGUAUUUUUACAUCAUGUAUGUACAUAAACUUGUUGUCGGACACUCCAUAAACCAAAAUAAGCCCUUAAAAAUAUUGAGGAAUGUACUCUUUAAAAAGUGAAAGUGAUGUGACGUGACGUGUGGCCAAGUAUGGUGUUCCAUACUGGGAUUUUUUUACUCUGCAUUUAAUCCAUCCAAGUGCACACACACAGCAGUGAGAAACACACACACCCAGAGCAGUUGGCAGCCAUUGCUGCUGCACCCGGGGAGCAGUUGAGGGAUCGGUGCCUUGCUCAAGGGUCUCACCUCAGCCGUGGUAUUGAAGGUGGAGGAGAGCAGUGAUCAUUCACUCCCCCCACCUACAAUCCCUGCUGGUACUGUGACUCGAACCGGCAAAGUUUGGGUUGCAAGUCUGAGUCUCUAACCAUUAGGCCACAACUACCUUUUAUUAGGCCCUUUAUUAACCUCUUUAUGUUCAAACUGUUUUUUGGAGACUAAUGCUUAGGGACAUUUACCAUGGUUUUAUUUUAGUAAAUAUAGUAUAAAUUAAAAUACAGUAAAAGUUAGCAGUUAGUAAGAGUUUUUGCACUGUAAAUAGGAUCUGAAUUGCAAAUUAAGACUACAAUGCUAUAUUGAAGAUAGAUUGUGUAUAUUAAAACAAAGAUGUACAAUGAACAUACAUGAAAAAACACUUGUAUAGAGCCCUGCAUUUCAGCCUGAGGCUGACAAAUUUACGUGCAAUUUAUGAGAUUUGUUGUAUUUUGAAUCCAAUCUUUCUUUGUUAAAGGCAUAAAGUUGAUAAUACAGAUUUAUAAGUUUAGCAUUCAUUAGUUUGUAUAUACAUUGAACUUAACAUUAUCAUAACAUCUUAGUUGAUAAUUUAAUAGACUUUGUUUUUGGCAAAACAUUCCAUGUUUCGGUUGUGACAGACACAUUUUCAGAAGUGUUGGUAAUGUUUAAGUAGUGACCACUAUAUUUAAUUUGCACAGCUGAAACAGACUUUCAACAUUAAAUGUUAAUACAAAAACCUAACUAUGUUGAAUAUGUAGUGAACAGCAUGCAGCAAUGCAAUCCAGGACCACAGAUUUAUUGCAGGCCCAAAUGCAAUGAUAGAGAAAGAUGUACAUCAUUGGGACUGGAUUUUGAUGGGCUAACAUAAACAACUGCUCAAAGUGCCAUGAGAUGAGGCUGCUAGGACAACUGCCAGACAUCCCUUACAGGGCAUGAUGGAAGACCUCAAUACCACUUUGGGAAGAUGAAGACAUUUCCAUUGUUUCACACGAGUUUGCCUUAUCACCAAACCCUCUCUCCUCUCACCCUAAGCUUCAGGCCAGGGCAGCCAUAAACCCCCUCAGGACCUCCAGAUGUGGCAUGUAAUACUGGCCAUGCAGCAGCAUUGGCUAAAACAAAGAACAAAUCUUUGCAUUCUUUCAUACACACCAUGGACAUUCUAUCACAUAUUGACGCAAUACUUCUUAGAGAAGUAUGCAUUCUCAAUUACAGCUAUGUGUUACUCAACUGUUCACACCAUCGGUCAGUGAAUAAUAAGAAUGAUUGCAUGCAUUAAAGCUUAACAUUUUGAUGUCAUGUCUGUACUCUGUAUAUUCAGGUCAGUAGCGAACCGUGAUGCUUGAGUCUUGGCCCUCUGCGCACACGCACCCCCCCAAACACACACACUUACCACAGUAAAGUAAGAUAUUUGUACUGUGCUUUCCUAUAAAAGUGCGCAUACAUCAUUAUACCAUCACAUUUACCACAUGAUACUUUUACAAUGCUACUCCAGACUUGAAACGCAACGAGCCAAACAGCACAGCAAGAGAUGUGUCACCAAAAUUACACGCAGUACAAACCCAGAUAGCACAGGUACAUCUGUAGAUGUCUGCUAAAGAUCUGGAUAUCUGGAAAACAUCUGCUGUGUAAAAACAUCUGCUAAACAUCUUAGAAAGAAUAGUUUUACAUCCAUUCUAAAUCAUACACAUCUUACAGACAUCUUCUAGAGGUCUAUAUGACAUCUGACAGCAGACGUCUCAGAGAUGUAGGGCAGAUGAGCAAACAGCAUCUGCCAGAUAUCUUGCAGAUGAAAAUGCAGACAUCAAAUACAUGUCUGCCAGAUGUACGUGUGCUAUCAGGGAAUACAACUCAUUAUUACACACAUGCAUCUGCAUGUAUGUGCUUUUCAGCGGAAUACUGGAAUUAUGGCAGUGUCUGUCUUGGUUGCGCACACAUGACAGACACUUCCUCCCAGUCUGAUCUUAGAGGUGCCAUUCCCCGUGAUGCCAAUUUUCAAACUUUAGUUAGUGUGUAAUGUUGCUGUUAGAGCAUAAAUAAUAUCUGCAAAAUGAUAAAGCUCAAAGUUCAAUGACAAGCGAGAUAUUGUCUUUAACAGAAUUCGCUUUUCAAGGACUACAGAGAACAGCUGGAAUCGGACUACAGCUCUUUACUUCCCGGGUAAAUGAUGUCUAGACACGUGGAUAGAGUCUGCAUCGAUCCAGGAAGUCAAAUAUGCAUAUCUAAUAGGGAAAAUCAGCAAACUUUUAUUGAAAAUAAUAUUUUUAAGUUUUUUAUUAAGAUUUUUACGAUAGUUUGAGUCAUCUCAGAGGGCCUAGUGUCAUGGUUCUGCCCCAUCUUGUCUGGCUUUUCUUGAUCUAGUGGCAGAAUCAUGACAGAUCCUCUUCUUUCAUGUGGAGAGGGGCAUUUUGGCACUGAUGGCCUUCCAUACUCUCCGGUCUCGUCAUUGUUCCUGCCCUCUUGUUUCCUCGUUAGUGCUCAUUAUGAUUUCAUGCCCCAAACCUGUCCCCUCUUGCUUUUGAUCCCUUAUAAUGCCCUUGUGUUUUCUGUCCUGUGCUGGUUCAUUGUCAUUCGUUUCAUGUGGGUGAGGUCCUGUCUCUGUUAGUCUAGUCUAGUCUAGUCUAGUUAUUUGUAUUGAAUGGUAAAUGUUAUCUUUAGUCUUGUUGGGUGUAGUCCUUGUUCCUGUGUCCUGUUAUAUCCUUGUUCUUGUUUUACCCCCUCGUGGGUUUUUGUUUUGUCUUUGUUUUAUUUUAAUAUUAAAGUCUUGUUAACCCCUUACCCGCUGUCUGUACCUGGGUCCUCUGUCCUUGUUCCCUCACCACUCAUGAUACCUAGAGGGCCCCGAGGGUUCACUACUAAUUCAGGUCAAUGCCAAAGGUAGUUUGAAAGUAAAAUUUGGGAAGUAAAAUAUGCAUUGGUAAACCACAAGUCAGAUUUUAUUGUCAUACUUUAUUCUAUGCACAUGAGUUCCAUACAGAGGAGCAAUGGUCAGAGAGCCCCCUCUGACAUCAACAGCCAAUCACCAUUGGAAUGGAGAAGCACCAAAUGCAUCUCCUCCUUAUAUGAAAAGGGGUUAGUACAUUUUCAGCAGAAACUCUUUGUUCUGAGUCUCCCCUAGAGACUGUAACAGAUAUGCAAACUUCCAAAUCUCUGGACUUUGAGGUAGGAGGCAAUAACAGCAACACCCAAGUUCUGAGUCUCCU